UUGAGCUUUGACAGGCUCUCUGGGGCCCGGGCAGGGCAUAACGAUGCGUUGCUUGUCUCUCGCUGGCUUUGCAACCGCGACCGACCACGACGUCGCCGGCGAUGACAUCUCGGUGGUUGGAAGCUGAGCAGCCUUCCCGAACGGGACUAGCGCCGCUCCACGGUCGACGCCCGUCUUUAGCGACCAGGAUGGCUCUGACAUUUCUGACUCCUUCAUCCAUCAACAACGCGCGUGCCUGUGCUAUAUCGGAUCGCCUCACCAUCCACAAUCGCGCCCUACCCCUCCUAACCCUCGAUUGACGCGACAAUCUAGCCCCUGCGGCCCCAAAUCUCGACACUUGUACAAAAUGCCAGGUGGAAAGGGAAAGUCUAUCGGUGGAAAGGCCGGCUCCAAGGACUCUGCGGGGAAGAGCCAGAAGUCCCACAGCGCAAAGGCUGGUCUGCAGUUCCCCUGCGGUCGUGUUAAGCGCUUUUUGAAGAACAACACGCAGAACAAGAUGCGCGUCGGCGCUAAAGCCGCCGUCUAUGUCACCGCUGUUCUCGAGUAUUUGACCGCCGAAGUGCUCGAACUGGCUGGAAAUGCCGCCAAGGAUCUUAAAGUCAAGCGUAUCACCCCGCGCCACCUGCAGCUCGCCAUCCGUGGAGACGAAGAAUUGGAUACCCUGAUCCGCGCCACUAUCGCCUUCGGAGGUGUCCUGCCGCGCAUCAACCGCGCGCUCCUGCUGAAGGUCGAGCAGAAGAAGAAGAACAAGACUGAGGCUUAGAUGAUGGUGGAUACCCGACGAACUAUGGCGUUUGGUGAUUGAUGAUUGAAUGGGGAAAAGCAAGGAACAUGACUUAACCGUGAACUUGAUCCCACUCCAUCCUUGCGAACCGGAAAAUUAAGGAGAUAGGGAACCAGGACACAUUUCAC